CCCUCAAAUCGUCCUUUCUUUUCGUCGUGGCUGAGCUUUCUUCUGCCUCCUCAGCCAAUCUGAUCCCUCGAUCCCUACUCAGUCCUCGCGCGAUACGUGCCCGUCUCGCGUUGGCUCAUGGCGGAGCUGUCGGCGGAGGUGUGUGCCGCCUCCGCCGCGGGGCGGGAGAACCGGACGGCGCAGGCGUGGCGGACGGUGCUAGGGUGGCUGGGCUUCCUCUUCCGCGUCCUGCUGCAGAUCCUGCAGUCCGGGACCCCCUCCUGGGCCCAGCUCCUCUCAUUCGUUGGUGUCCGCCACCGCCUCCUCCCAGCCUCCUCCUCGGACCCCGCCUUCCACCCCCUCCCCACCGACGCGCCCCCGCCGCCGCCUCCUCAGCUGCGCCAGGACCCUUUGGAUAAGCUUACGGUGGUUCUUGACUUGGAUGAGACUUUAGUAUCUGCAUAUGAGGCAUCUAGUGUGCCUAUUGUCGUACGUAGCCAGGCUAUUGAGGCAGGUGUGAAGUGCUUUGAAUUGGAAUGCAUAUCUAUGGAUAAGGAAGUUGAGGGGAAACAAAAGGUCAAUCAUGUCACUGUCUUUGAACGUCCUGGGUUACAAGAGUUCUUGCAGCAGAUUAGUGAAUUUGCAGAUCUUGUUCUUUUUACUGCUGGUCUAGAAGAUUAUGCCAGACCACUUGUUGACAAAAUAGAUGUGGAAAAUAGAUUUAGCCUUCGUCUGUAUCGGCCUGCAACAGUCAGCACGGAGUACAGGGAUCAUGUAAAAGAUCUUUCAUGCCUAUCGAAGGAUCUCUCUCGAACUGUUAUCGUCGACAACAAUCCAUUUAGUUUCUUACUGCAACCGUUAAAUGGAAUACCAUGUGUUCCUUUUUCUGCUGGACAGCCUUAUGAUGAGCAGCUUAUGGGAGUUAUUCUUCCUCUUCUUAAACACCUAUCUGUUGAGAAAGAUGUCCGACCUGCACUCUAUGAAAGGUUUCACAUGCCAGAGUGGUUUCAAAACCAUGGUAUCCAUUCCUCAGAUGGGACUUCAUUAGGUAUGGGAAAUAGGAACUUCACAGCAGAUUGAUGCAUGAACACCAUAAAAUUUUCUGAUCCAAAGAUUGCGUGUACAUCAUGGAAGUAUUAGGUCAUUUCGUGAGAUGAAUUUAUUUUGGAUACAAUCCAACCAAUACACAAACAUGCAUUCUUAUAACUGUGAUGCUGCAUGGAUGGCAAGCUGCAGUAUAUUUAUCUCACAGUAGAUCAUCUCUAGUAUAUUCUAUAAUUGUCAAUAGCCUGCAAGAUUAGAUUUGAUGGUUGAAAUACUCCAAGCGGAUGGAGUAGCUAUCUGGUGGGUUUCGUGGUGUUGGCUCUUCUACUAGCUUAUAUAUGAAGAUUUAGAGCAUCAGUAGAUAUGAUGGAUAAAGAGAACAGACUUGUAAUCUACAUGCCUCUGCCUAAGUUGAAAUAUUACUUAUGAAGAAUCUUUGUUCUACCUUUCUCCGCAA